GUUCUCCUCUCAUGGCUGUUUUUCAGCUGUGGACAAACCGCUAAGUGACAGAGGUGCUGUCUCACAAGUGCCUGGGCAGGGCUGUGCUCCGAAUCCUUGGGUCCUGGGUGAACCUCUGCAGAAAUCCGCCCCGCUGAACGCCCCGAGAGCUGCUCCGAGCCACCUGCUUGCAGUAGCCAGGUGACGUCUGCCCGGCAUGCCGACGGCCUGAGAAGCAUGAGGCUGUGGUGCUGGGAGCCCUGAGGAGCGCCGGGCUCACAGGAGGGAUGUUACGGUGGGCUGUGCACCUGGAAGGCGGGCCGCGCAGGGUGAACCACGCGGCCGUGGCUGUGGGACACAAGGUGUACUCCUUCGGUGGGUAUUGCUCUGGAGAGGACUAUGAGACGCUGCGGCAGAUCGACGUCCACGUUUUUAAUGCAGUGUCCCUGCGCUGGAUCAAGCUGCCUCCAGUGUGGACAAACAGCCGUGAUCAAGUGAGAGAGGUGCCCUACAUGAGAUAUGGGCACUCAGCAGUGCUCAUCGACGACAUUGUCUACAUAUGGGGAGGCCGCAACGACACGGAGGGUGCCUGCAACGUGCUCUAUGCCUUUGAUGUCAACACGCACAAGUGGUUCACGCCAAAGGUGUCUGGAAUGGUCCCAGGAGCAAGAGACGGGCACUCAGCUUGUGUCCUGGCAAAGAGCAUGUUUAUCUUUGGAGGCUAUGAACAGCUGGCUGACUGCUUUUCAAACGACAUCCAUAAAUUGGACACCACAAACAUGAUGUGGACCUUAAUCUCUGCCAAGGGUACACCAGCUCGCUGGAGAGACUUCCAUUCAGCUACCAUCAUUGGAACAAAGAUGUAUGUAUUUGGGGGCAGGGCUGAUCGUUUUGGACCAUUUCACUCCAACAACGAGAUCUACUGUAACCGCAUAAAAGUGUUUGAUACAGAAACAAACUCCUGGCUGGACUCCCCUCCCACUCCAGUGCUUCCUGAAGGCCGCCGGAGCCAUUCAGCAUUCAGCUACAAUGGGGAGCUCUAUGUAUUUGGUGGCUACAACGCACGCCUGAACAGACACUUCCACGAUCUCUGGAAAUUCAAUCCAGUUUCCCUUUCAUGGAGGAAGAUUGAGCCCAAGGGGAAAGGCCCAUGUCCUCGACGCCGGCAGUGCUGCUGCAGAGUAGGGGACAAAAUCAUCCUCUUUGGAGGCACCAGCCCAUCUCCGGAGGAGGGCAUGGGCGAUGAAUUCGACCUGAUGGAUCACUCAGAUCUCUACAUCCUCGACUUCAGCCCUAGCCUAAAGACGUUGUGUAAGCUAGCAGUGAUCCAGUACAGCCUGGACCAGUCCUGCCUUCCCCACGACAUCAGAUGGGAGCUCUCGGCCAUGACAACGAACAGCACCAUCAGCCGCCCCAUCGUUUCCUCGCAGGGCUGAUGCUGGCUCAGCCUUCUACCACCCUGUACUCACCCCUCCACACACUGACCUCUUGCUCCACUGCCUGCAUGAAUUUUUAGCCCUUUCAAGCAAGGAACCUAUGUGAGCUCCGUUUGUCUUGCCCCAGCCAGGCCUCCUUGGGCCCUUGUUACAUUCAGGGCAGCAUGGGUGUGCAGGCAGAGCAUGCCCCUGGGGAAGAAAUCUGCGUGCCCCAGCAGCACAGUGGUGAACCCCCCUCCUCGCCUGAAGAGCUGCAGCCGCACUGGCCUGGUGCCCUGCCAGUAAGGGCCUGAAUUGACUCCUGCCACCAGCCCCAGGCUUGGAACUAUUCCUGUGCUGCCUCGUAAUCAUGAUGACGUUUGUGCCUGCACCCAUUGGUGCUGAGCUGCCCCGAGCACUGGCUUGCAGGCCCAGGGUGGAGCUGAGCCCCUGCACCCAACAUGGGGACUCUGCUGCCUGGCUCAGGUUGUAACAGAGUGACCAGUGGGCGUUUUAUAAACACUGAGGUGGAAGUA